GUUUGCUCGGUGGAAGGCGACGAGCUGCCACCACAACUUCCACAGCGUACACUCGAUACAGAUGAAGCGGAUAGACGUGGUAUCGAUUUGGGAACUAGUGGACGUCUGCAUCUAAUGGCUAAAUUAGCCGAAGGAAGUGGUUUGGAAUUGCCAAAAAGUGCCAAAGAAAUGCUGGCGCAGAAUCAGCAGCAGUUGGAAGGCGUCACAGUUGGGGGCACACCUAUUCCACCGAUCGCCACACAAUGCUUCAUGCUUUCCAAUAUGUUUGAUCCAACACAAGAGACGGGUGAUACUUGGGCCGAUGAGGUGCGCGAUGAUGUUAUCGAGGAAUGUGCCAAAAAUGGAGGAGUGCUGCACAUUUUUGUGGACAAGGCCUCUCCGCAUGGCAAUGUUUAUGUGAAGUGCCCUUCAGUUGCAGUUGCAUACAAGUCGGUGAAUGCGCUACAUGGCCGAUGGUUUUCAGGUAAAGUAAUCACAGCCAAUUAUGUUCCGGUAGCUAGCUAUUCGCAGUUGUUUCCUGAUUCAGUAACUGCUCGAGGGCCGCUGCUUCCACCCACGAAGCCACCUCCGGCAGCCGGAAUUCCUGGCGGUGCGGAGUACUGA